UGCCGUCGGCCAAUAGCAACGGCCAAUAGCCAUCCAGAACGUGGUCGUUUGAAUUUUUAUGUCAACAUUAACCCCUACUGUUUAUCUCUGCAUUACGAUCAGUCUGCCACAAGCGAGACAUGCAGACUGUKGGGUCAUCAAAGCACGACGGAGAAAGCCCAUACGAAAGACUGAGCUGCUUCAUUUGAAAGUUUUAAUGAUGCAACCUUUUGUGAAAGCUGUUGUUCUUUUGUGGCUUGUUCCGUACCUUGGAAUAUUUGAAAUGUAUGGCGGCCAUCUUUUCGAAGAGUGGAGACUUACGAGGGCAUUUUUUUGGUCUAAGACCAAAGACCCCACAUGUGGUGCAGACUCCAUAAAUAACAAGGAUUUAACUUUUGAGGACAUAAAGGACAUGCGACCACAAUACCAAUCUAACGUAACAGUUAAUAAUUGGUUUAAAUCAAGCGACCAUUCUACUAAAAAGGACUACGAGAUUUUCACCUUCUCCCCCACCGUCAUUGAGCGGAUUGAUUGCCAGGAAGAUGAAGUAGGGUUUAAAUCAGAUAGUUUUAUUAAGCCAAAAGACAUUCCAUUAUCUUGUGCUAUGACAACAUCGGGUUCUGCUAUAGCUUAUGACCUUGGCAAAUAUCAAGAUGCUCAUCAAGACUCCCGUACGAUAAGAGUUGUUCUUGGCCUUGGGAUGGGAAGAAAUUUGGUGUCUCAAUACACCAAAGUCUGGAUGCCAGCGGUUGUGACCUUCUUGGUUCAAACGGUCUGCGCUGGCGUUAUCAUUGGUGCCGUUUUAAUGUACGACGGAGCAAAAGAGGGCUCGACUAAGAAGAUGUGGAAAAUCGUCACUGUUGUACUCCUUGUGUCCUACUUUGUGAUUUUUGCUUUGCUUUCCAUAAUACCGAUAAAUUUUGGAGAACAUAAAAUCAAAUGGUUCAUCAGGUGGUGRAUCAUCAAUAUCUAUAACGUGAGGCUUCUCAGGAUGUUGUUUGACAUAACUGAUGUUACUUAUCCUUCUAAGGCUCACGCUUUCCCUCCCCCAGUAUUGGCUUUAAGUGACGGCGGUCAUCUUGAGAACUUGGGUCUGCUUCCACUUCUUAAACUACGCCUGUCACGUAUUGUGGUGGUCAAUGGGGGUCUCUUGGGACCUGGUGCGAAUUAUGCUACUGAUCUUCUUAACGCAUUACAGCAAGCUCGGGACAGGUUAAGAUGUUCUUUUAGGUCGGCAGACGAACAUCGUCGCGAUGUCAUCGAAGACAUUCGGGAUCAAUUCGUAGAAAAAGAAGAGGGCAAACAGCCGAGGAGUUAUCGAUUCAAAGUGCAGUAUUAUCAGAAAGAAGGCACUCAAAAUACGUAUGUUGGUGAAGGAGAGGUUUUAUUUCUGAUGCCHAGACAUCCAACAAAAGGUUUAGUGAGUGACGUUAAGAAUUUAACAUGGAGUGAUUUUGAUGGUGACGUAAAGAACUUGAAAGAGUCGGACUGGGGAUCAAAACCAGCUUUGGAAGCUUCGGAGGUUGAUCAUCUUAACGGAUGUUGCUUUGAGUGUUGCCAUUCCAAGCAGUUUUCUCGCAUCCCAUUUCCAUCAUUGGGAAGAUUUCCUUUUCAUUUGACAAAAAACCAAUUGUUCACUUCCUCACAGCACACCGCUUACCACAGAGAAGGCUAUCACGCAUGCGUAGAGUCUAAAGCAGUUGAGUUUCUUAACAGCGUUGGUCAAYGUCCAGAAGUAGUUACAGAGCAACCGCAAGGAGCUGCCACUCAUUCGGUUAACGAAAAGAAWAAGAAAAAAUGACCGAUAUACGUGCCAUUUAGGCCACAGACAGUAUAAAACUUGUAUUCAAUACAAAUAUUGUGAUUAGAUAUUCAGUUUAUGGACAGCAUAGAAUCACAGUUUGUGUUCAAUUGAGUCAUUUUCAUCCGUCUGUGAAACAAGUACUACUAGUCAGUGUUUACAAGUAACUAUCAGGGUGUAGUCGUCUACCAAAAGGCAAAGCCAUUUUUGCCUAAUUGAAUAGUAUUUAAUAGUACAAUUCACAGACUGAUGAAAAUGACUCUAGUAUCCAGUUAGAUCUUUUCUUAGUCAAUUCUAUAAAUGUUUUAUAGGUCAUGCGUUAUUUCACUACUAUAAUAGGUGGACCAUUGCAGACAUUUUAUCACCGUACUUCACAUGUAUCUUUUCUGUCUCAUCUAAUUUCUAUACGUUGAUCCUGUUGAUGACUCGCGUGAAGAUUUGUUUAGGUGUAUAUUAUCAGUAUUAAGGUAAUAGUUGAGUYUAAUUGUGUUYKAAAUAUACAGAAAUUCAG